CUGAACGAGGACUGUCAAACGCACACGAACCCGUAUUUGGCCAUCGAUGCAGACUUUACUUCCGGCUCACUAACACCAUCGAAAAUGAGAGGAAAACAGCGUGUUCCCGGAGAGAUUUGCGCCGAUUGUGGAACAUCAGACCCAGGAUGGGCGUCGUUAAAUCGAGGGGUUCUGGUGUGCGAUGAGUGCUGUUGUGUACAUCGCAGUCUUGGUCGGCAUAUUUCUCAGAUCCGAGCUUUAAACCAUGGCUCACCCUGGCCAAGAAGUCUGAGGGAGAUGGUUUAUGCCUUAGUAACCAACGGAGCCAACUCAAUCUGGGAACAUUCUCUCCUUGAUCCAUCGCAAGUCCGCAGCGGCAAACGCAAACCUUCUCCCAAGGAUCCUAUACAUGCAAGGAAUUCUGAGUCCGAUUCAGGAGAUAACUGGAGCCUACUUCACAGUUUUACCAAACGCCGAUCGCUUACCAGGAAUGUGGACUACAACGCAAGUCCAUCUAAGUCGGAGUUCAUCCGUGCCAAGUACCAACGACUAGACUUUGUGCUUCGACUCAAAGAAGAAGACGGUUCAAAUGUCAAGGAUCUCAGUCAACAACUCCACUCCAGCGUGCGGACGGGCAACUUGGAGACAUGUCUGCGACUGCUCUCACUGGGUGCUCAGGCUAACUUCUACCACGUGGAGAGAGGCAACACCCCUCUGCAUGUUGCUAGUUACUCUGGGCAGAGUUUACAGUGUGAGCUUCUCAUGGCUUAUGGUGCUGACCCAGGAGCCAUGGAUAGUGAUGGCCAGACACCUGCUGACUUGGCAAAGGAGGAAGGCCAUUUAGAAUUAGCAGAGCGUCUCGUGCAGUGCCAAUAUGAGCUGACAGACCGACUGACGUUCUAUGUCUGCAGUAAAAGACCUGAUCAUCUUGGAGGCCAGCAUUUCCUGAUCCCUGAGAUGGCAGAUAGUUCGCUGGAUCGAUCUGAAGCUGCUGAACAGGCCAGGAAGAAACUACAAGCUUUGAGCAAUCAUUUGUUUGAGGAGUUAGCCAUGGAUGUGUAUGAUGAAGUUGACAGACGGGAAUUGGAUGCAAUUUGGGCGUCACUUCAGAAGCCUAAUUUCAUCGGCGCUGAUAGGACGGUGCUGUUUCUGCCACUCAACCCUGAGCUCUCAUCAACAAGAAAUCAGGGUCGUCAGAAACUUGCUCGGUUCAGCGCAAGAGAGUUUGCUACACUGAUUAUUGACAUACUGAAAGAGGCUAAAAGAAGACAGCAGGGUACCCUGUCUCUCACAAGGCCCUCUGUGGAUAAAGAAACUGUUGAGGUCCAUAGAGCGCCCCCUCCCCCAAUCCAUGAGAAACCCGCCCUGGAUAACCUGAAUGUCUUCGAUGACAACGAGCCGUUGUAUGACAGCGUGGCAUCUGAUGAGGAUUGUGGGGAUGUGUCGGAGGGAACUCGUAAAUCGGUUCAGAGAGGUCUACUCAAGGAUGCCCUCAAACCACGGGGAGGUAGCUCGGAUGCUUCUGACGAACCAAUCACGCUCAAGGAAUAUCUACAAGUCAAGAAACAGCUGGUGUCGUCCGAGGCCAAAGUCUCACAGCUCCUGGCGAUGAACAAAGAGUUGAACCAAGAGAUACACAUGCUGCAGUCAAUGGUGGAGAAGUUGAAGGAAGAAAAUGAGCAACUCCGUGCCAUCCAGCGUCGCAUGGAUUUCCCUCAGAAGACUCAUGAUCUGGAAAGCUUCCAAGCAGAGGCUGCUGGGAAUAUUAACCGAUCGUCUCGUGGCUCAGGCCGGCCCAUGUCCAUGAUUGAAUCACGCUCCAAGCAGAAACCAUUUGGCAUGCCAUUUGAGAGCAAACCCCUGGCCACAACCCAGGACAAACAGGCAGAGGGGAAGGGAAGGGCGACAAACGUUGUCUUGCCGCCAAUAUCUGAUGAUGCUGAUGUAACUGAGACAGGAGAAGCAAGUGAGAAGGAAGAGAGACCAGUUAGCCAGACUGGCAGUGAUUAUGAUAAUACCCAGACACAACCAAUGGAAACAAGGUCACUUAGCUCUAGUCAGCCAGACACCACUGAUGUCCCAGGAUCGCCCCCUGUAGCCAGCUCCCCAACUGCAGAGCUCCCUCCACGUAGUGACGGUGGGGAAGGGGCGUCAGACAAACCCCCCACCCAGGAGGAAGUGGUGGCAGCUACCGAUAAGAUCACCAAGAGGAUUCAGACAUUGCUUAGUGUGGCCACAGAGUGCAAAGUUCAAAGUUUUGCAUCGUGUUCAGAUCAGAUUCGGUCUGCAGUGAAUGAAAUGGCUAACUUGUUCCCAGAGAAGUAUCGCACUGAGUCUGUCAAGACGCCUCUUCGCAUCCUGGUCUCUAGUGCCACACGCCUUCACACAGAGUGUAAAAACGCCGUGCCCUCUGACCCUAGUGUGACCCCUGACCUUGGCCGUCUGACCCAGGAGAUCAUUAGCAGGGCUUAUGACAUUGCUAAGUCGGCCAAGCAGCUUGUGACGUGCUUCCAGUGAAAACGAUGGCUGUUAGUAAAUUGACCAUUUGUCCCAGCCCUCCUUGGUCCUGCAAAAUCCACCAAGUUCUUAGCAGAAUUUAGUGAGGUAGAGCCCAGCCAUAUUGUCUCAACAUGGUGCUUGAUUCUACUUAAAAGUUUAAAUAAAAAGAAAGUGCCAUCGGAUUCCAACACAGUGAUUGAUUUUGAAGGAUUGAGGAACUUGUUUUGGAAGUCUAUUUACAGUAAGUCACUAGGGUAAAUUUUGGUCAGUCAAGGUAAUUUUGGAAAAUUGUUAUUAGAGAUUUUUGAAGUGUCAGUGAAAGUGUUUGAGAAAAGUGGAAUUACUUUAAAAAUAUUUUAUUUCAGAAUAUUCAUGAAAUACAAUUUGUUUAAUACUUUUAAAGAGUAAAAUAAUAAUGCCAUCUUUUUCGCGCAGAGACAAAUGAAGUGUGGUACGGGAUAUGAAUUAUCUUUGUGAAUACUUUGCCGCUUGCCGUCUGUUUUUUUUUUCAUUCAAAAGUUAACAUUGCAGCUUCGUAAUUUUGAUGUUAAUACACAUAUCCAUGCUUUUAUGUCAGCCUUCUUUACUACAUGUAAAUAGCUUGUCAUGUGAUGUGACCAAAUAGCUCGUCAUGUGACUAGACAUGUGAGUGGAAAGGCUCAUGUCAGUUUCCAGUUGGCUAAGUUUGUCAUUUUGUUAACCACUUGAUGGUGGGAUUAUGUUUUGCCAGAAAAUCACCAUUUUUGAAAAAGACAAAAUAUGUAGACCUAAUUUUACAAUCAAGUCGAACACCACAAAUACUGAUGCUUGAGUCAUUUGUACAAUAUUUGUAUGAUACUGCUCACCGUAAAUCAUAUUUUGCAACACUCUGGGGAUAUUUGCUAUGACGACACGCUGUGUACAGUGGCCAAUUUUAAGUUCAAAACAUGAUGUGUACAAAAUUACAGGGAGCCACUGACAUGUAUACACGUCCACUGCCCAUGCAAAUAUACAUUGCAGGAUCAUGUUUACAUGUCCUCCAGCGUUGCCUGGUUUUUAAUCAUGAGGCUGAUGUUUGUACUUCCAAUGAACACAUUGUGACUUUAAAUACUACUUACAUUUGUACAUAGUAUCUGCUGCUUUAGAGUGCAUGUUUUAAAAGGAUGAAAUAGUGAUACAAUAGACACAAUAAGUUCAUCUAAAUUGUAUUAAAAUCAUGUUGGAGUUUGUAGUUGUGUUUUAUCAAUAGUUAUUGAUAGAUGAACUGAAAAUAGAUCAUUUUGAUUAAUUCCCUUGAAGGAAUAUUACAUUUAUUUUAUGCAUGUAUUGGGCAUGCACAUUUUAAAUGGGUUUCAAUGCACAUUUCCC